UGCGCAGAGCAGCACCACAAUAAUCAGGACCAAAGAGGAGCCAAAGCUGCUUUUCUCGUUUUGCUCCUGUGCUCAUGACCUGUGUGUACUGUGAACCCAGCUGAGAGGAAUACUGAUCACUCCGCUGCUGACAGAACCGACCCUUGGGAGAGGGGGGGCUUUGCAAUGGAGGGGGAUUGUCUCAAAGGAAACAGCCUGGAGGUGCCCGCUCCAGAUAACAGGCUGGCGAAGAAGAAUCAGCUGCUGGACCGCGGCCAAUGGGCGAACAAGCUGGAGUUCAUGCUGGCGGUGGCAGGGACACUGGUCGGACUGGGAAACCUCUGGAGGUUCCCCUAUCUGUGCUACAAGAACGGAGGAGGUGCAUUUCUUAUUCCAUAUGUCUUGUUUCUGCUCACCUGUGGUAUCCCUAUGUUCCUCCUGGAGACGGCCAUGGGACAGUACACGUCUCAGGGCUGCAUCACCUGCUGGAGGCACUUCUGCCCCUUGUUUGAAGGGAUCGGGUACGCUACCCAGGUGGUGAUUGCAUACGCUGCCGUGUCAUACAUCGUCAUCCAGGCGUGGGCCUUCUUCUACCUCUUCUCAUCUUUCAGUGCCGAAAUUCCAUGGGCCAGCUGCAGAAACACCUGGAACACAGAGUCUUGUGUUGAAUUUGAUAAAACAAAUGUUUCCUCCAACUGGACAGCAAACGCAACAACACCUGCAACAGAAUUCUGGGAGAGACGAGUACUGGGUAUAUCUCAAGGCAUUGAGGAGGUUGGGAGCCUGAGGUGGGAGUUGGCCCUGUGUCUCCUGCUGGCCUGGAUCCUGUGCUACUUCUGUGUGUGGAAAGGAGUGAGAUCCACUGGAAAGGUAGUUUACUUUACAGCCACUUUCCCAUACUUGAUGUUGGUGGUUCUGUUGGCUCGAGGACUCACUUUACCAGGAGCCAUAGAUGGCAUCACUUUCUACCUGUAUCCUGACCCUACAAGGUUGGUGGACCCUCAAGUUUGGAUGGAUGCAGGGGCUCAAGUUCUCUUCUCCUUUGGCAUCUGUCAGGGGAGUUUGACCGCUCUGGGUAGUUACAACCAGUUUAACAAUAAUUGUUACAAAGAUACAUUUGUUCUCUGUCUGGUGAACGGCAUGUCCAGUUUUGUGGCAGGGUUUGCAAUCUUUUCUGUUUUGGGCUUCAUGUCGCAUGAACAAGGAGUUCCCAUAUCUGAAGUCGCUGCCUCUGGACCUGGGUUGGCAUUUAUUGCUUAUCCACGUGCAGUAGCCAUGAUGCCUUUUCCUCAGUUAUGGUCCAUAUGCUUCUUUGUCAUGGUCAUCUUGUUGGGAGCAGAUACACAGUUUGUGAGUCUGGAGUGCCUGAUGACAUCAGUGACGGACAUGUUUCCCACCGUGUUUCGAAGAGCUUAUCGUCGGGAGUUGCUGCUCCUGUGUCUCUGCACUGUGUGCUUCUUCCUCGGCCUCCUCCUCGUCACAGAGGGGGGCUUGUACUUCCUUCAACUCUUUGACCAUUAUGUUUGCAGCGGCAACAAUCUUCUCCUCCUGUCGGUGUGUCAGUCGAUAGCGAUUGGAUGGAUAUACGGUGCAGACCGUCUCUAUGACAACAUUGAAGACAUGAUUGGUUAUCGUCCAUGGCCAGUGAUGAAGUAUUGCUGGCUUUACGUUACCCCUGGUGUUUGUAUGGUCUCCAGUUUCCCUUCACACCCACACCUGCUCUUACUUAUCCAUCCUGCCUUGCAGUCAACUGUUCUCUUCCUCUCUGCUUCUCAUUCCCAAUCCCAGAUAGAGAUAAAUGUUCUGUGUCAGGGAACCUUCAUCUUUUCAUUGGUGAAGUACAAACCUCUCAAGUUCAACAAGACUUACACCUACCCGACCUGGGCCUAUGCCCUUGGCUGGUGUCUUGGACUUUUCUGCGUUCUCCUGAUUCCACUGUGGAUCAUCUUCAAACUUACUCAGAUGAAAGGAACGAUAUCUCAGAACCUCAAGCAGCUUUGCUGUCCUGAAAACAAGACGCAGAACCCAGAGAACCAGCCUGAGCAAUGCCCUCUGAACCCAGACAACACGCUGACUCCUGCUGCCACCGAACACAAGGGAAGUGGUGGAUCUGAGAUGGAGAUGCAACCGUGAGGCCCUGAACCUUUUGGAUGUUUCAUAUGCGGUGUUUUAUUAUAAAGUCUAAGAUUUACAAAGCUAAGCGUUUCUAAGAAAUAAUAGAGAGCAAUAAAUUCUGCACAAUCAGUAAGGAUUCAUGUGUCACUGUCUUAGACGCACAAAGAGAAGUGAGAGUUUUAUAAAGUGUUUAAAUCUAUUUUUUAAUUUAAGGAAAACCUUUGUGUGAUUAAAGUAAAUCACCAGUUUUAUAUGUCAGCAUCAGUUUCCUACCUCCAUGAAAGAUCAGGACGCAAGUCCACAUAUUCACUGUCCACUGUGUGUCACAGUUCAUUCAUGCAUUCUUUUACUUCCUGUCUGCCUUUUACUAAAUCUCCUGUCGUUCCAGAGCCUGCUUUGCCCCCCCCCCAACCCCCCGCAGCAACCCUGCCUUUUGCAUGCCCCUCGAUUCUUCCCUAUAGUUCUCACUUGUCUUGCUUGUCUCUACCUGUAUGUUUUGCCUGUUUACCUGGUUUACCUGCCUGCCUAGUUACUGACCUCUGACUUGGCCUAAUGUUUGCCCUUUGUCAAUUUUCUGCCUGCCGAGCCUUAAUAAAGGUGAACUGUUUGAAACUUC